AUGCUCUACGCAACAGAGGGUAUCGACAGCGACGAGGACCUCACACGCGCAAUGGUCGGCGUCGCCUCCGUCUGGUACGAGGGCAACCCGUGCAACGCCCACCUCCUCGAGGUCGGUCAGCGCGUCAAAAAGUCGGUCAACGACGCCGGCCUCACCGGAUACCAGUUUGGCACCGUCGGCGUCUCGGACGGCAUCUCGAUGGGUACAGACGCAAUGGCCUACUCGCUCCCCUCGCGCGACCUCAUCGCCGACAGCGUAGAGAGCGCAUGCGGCGGACACUGGCUCGACGGCUGCGUCGUCGUCCCCGGCUGCGACAAAAACAUGCCCGGCGUCCUCAUGGCCCUCGGCAGGCUCAACCGCCCCGGCAUCAUGGUCUACGGCGGCACCAUCCGCCCGGGAGGCUGCGCCAGCAUCGACGGCACCCUCGACAUCGUCAGCGCCUUCCAGAGCUACGGACAGUACCUCGCAGACGGAGGCACCCCCGACGCCGAGCGGAAGCGCUACGACACCGUCCGCAACGCCUGCCCCGGUCCCGGCGCCUGCGGCGGCAUGUACACGGCCAACACGAUGGCGUCGUGCUCCGAGGCCCUCGGCAUGACGCUGCCCGGCAGCUCCUCGUUCCCGGCAGAGUACCCCGAGAAGCUGGCCGAGUGCGACAGCGUCGGCGCCGCCAUGCGCCACCUCCUCGAAAUCGACCUCAAGCCGCGCGACAUCAUGACAAAGUCGGCCUUUGACGACGCCAUCGCCCUCACCAUGGUCCUCGGCGGCUCCACCAACGCCGUGCUCCACCUCAUCGCCAUCGCCCACUCGGUCGGCAUCGAGCUCACCAUCGACGACUUCCAGCGCAUCAGCGACACGACGCCCUUCCUCGCCGACCUCAAGCCCUCUGGCAAGUACGUCAUGGAGGACGUCCAGAAGCACCUCGGCGGCAUCCCCACCGUCAUCCAGUACUGCAUCGAGCAGGGCCUCAUGAAGGGCGAGCACCUCACCGUCACCGGCCGCACCCUCGCCGAAAACUGCGACCGCUGGACCCACGAGCGCGGCAAGCUGCCCGCCAACCAGGACGUGCUGCGCACCGUCGACAAGCCGCUCAAGUCGACGGGACACCUGCGCAUCCUCAAGGGCAACCUCGCCCCCGGCGGCGCCGUCGCCAAGAUCACGGGCAAGGAAGGGCUCCACUUUACCGGCAAGGCGCGCGUCUUCGACACCGAGGACGACAUGGUGCACGCCGUCGAGACGGGCAGCAUCAAGAAGGGAGAGAAGACCGUCAUCGUGCUCAGGUACAAGGGCCCCAAGGGCGGUCCGGGCAUGCCCGAGAUGCUCAAGCCCACCAGCCUCAUCAUGGGCGCCGGCCUGGGCCAGGACGUUGCCUGCCUCACCGACGGCAGGUUCAGCGGCGGCUCGCACGGCUUCGUCAUCGGCCACGUCGUUCCCGAGGCGCAGGUGGGCGGCCCGAUCGGUCUGGUGCGCGAUGGCGAUACGAUUACGAUUGAUGCCGAGAAAAACACGCUCGAGCUCGUCGGCGUCUCCGAGGCCGACCUGGCGCAGCGCCGCCAGAGCUGGACGCCGCUCGAGAUCAAGCCCAAGUCCGGACACCUGCUCAAGUUUGUGCGCAACGUCUCGGACGCCUCUUCUGGCUCCAAGUUUGUCGAUGCAGCACCGACGUCGGACGUCGUCUCUGUUUCUGUCUGA